GACCAAAAACGAAGUCAAAGGUUGUGUUGAAAAGUUCAAGAGUGAGAGUGUGAGGGGGCGCGUGAGCGAGAGAUAGAAAUGGCGUCGUGGUGCGGUAGUUCGUGCUUCCAGAUUCCGGCGAUAGACGGCGACGCACUGCGCAACCGGGCUUUAUUGGCCGCUGGAAUAGGGUGCUUGUCGGCGGUGGCUGGCACCUCCUUCUGGCGUUCCUCGUCAUCGUCGAAACGCUCUCUGCCACUCACAUGCUUGAGCAUUUCUUCUGAUGCCCGUAUUAAGGAAAGUGUUAAAACUGAAAAGGCCCCUGCAGCUUUGGGACCAUAUUCUCAAGCAAUCAAAGCCAACAACCUUCUAUUUGUGUCUGGUGUUCUUGGCCUUGUUCCUGAGACAGGGAAGUUCAUAUCCGAUGAUGUUGAAGAUCAAACUCAACAGCUUCUCAAAAACAUGGGGGAAAUCCUUAAAGCUGGUGGUGCAAGCUACUCAUCAGUUGUUAAGACAACAAUUAUGCUGGCUGACUUGAACGACUUUAAGAAAGUAAAUGAGAUCUAUGCUCAAUACUUCCCUUCACCUUUUCCCGCUCGAUCAACUUAUCAAGUAGCUGCCUUGCCAUUGAAUGCCAAGAUUGAAAUUGAGUGCAUAGCAACUCUGUAAGCACCAAUUAUAAUAGAACAUCCGGCUCCUUCAGCAAACUCGAGGUUAAUAAUGCAGUAUGGGACGUGUCUUAGUAUUGGAGUUUUACUUUUGCUCGUUGGAUGAUGAUGGUCUUGUCAUCACAUUUACUCUAAUAUUUCUAGGGAGCUCUCUAAUCCUUGGAUUCUCUUUCAAGAUUAUGUGCCCAUUAAAAGUUGAAAAUGCUUUCGUUUCUCUGCACUCCAGAUCCACGUUGAGGCUAAUGUCAUACACAAUAGUGUCUACAACUUAAACGCCCUUAAAAUAUGCAUUAAAAUAAUUAUAUGGUAUGGAGCACACUAUGUCGAUGUAAAUUGAUUCUAAACCGUAUCAUUAGUUAAUUAUAUUUGAACUUUGGUUAGCGUUGUAUCUGGUUUAACGAUAUGUUGAUAUCUAUAACUCAGGGUUCACUACAAAUUAGACUUUUCAAG